UUGGAUUAUUAGGAGUAUUUUGUUUAGUGUUGACUUCUCGUGCAUAUUAACCUUUGGAUUAUUAGGAUUAUUUUGUUAUUGUGCGCGAGAAGUCAAAAAUAAAUAAAAUCCUCCUAUUCCUAAUAAUACAAAGGACAAUUUGGUAACUAAUAUGCACACCCUGAUUAUAUAAAUAUACCCCCAAAUCCCAAGCAAGUACCCACAAAUACAAUCCUCAAGUACUCUCUCCUCUUUGAGAAUUGAAUUCUCUUCCAUUUUCCUGAGAAAAAUCCGAAAAUGUCUCAGCAACUCAUCGAAAGCCACCGUGAAAAUGCGGAAGUGUACACAGAUCCAGUAGUCUGCAAGCAAAAAACCCUCCAACUUUUAAAGGAAAUCAACAUGCCGAAUGGCCUUCUCCCUCUAGAAGACAUCUUUGAAGUUGGCCGGAACGUGGAAACCGGGUUCGUUUGGCUGAAGCAGAAGAAGGCGAAAGAGCACAAGUUUAAGAAGAUUGGGAAGCUUGUAUGGUACGACACUGAAGUGACGGCGUUUGUGGAGGAUCGAAGGAUGAAGAAGGUAACUGGUGUCAAGAGUAAGGAGAUACUUAUCUGGGUUGCGCUUACGGAUAUCUCGAUAACUGACCCGGAGGGUAAGAAAAUUACCUUUGGUACCCCUACUGGAAUUUCUAGGUCUUUUCCUGUUUCUGCUUUUGAGGAGGAGGAAGAGAAGGAAGAAGAGAAGAAGUGAAGGGGGGAAGGAGUGAAGGUGAAGGGGUAUUUUGGGAAUUAAUAAUUUUCGAAUAUGUGUUUUUUAUUUUUACUAUUUUACUACCACCGUUUCUUUCUUGUCUAUUUUAUCCUAUCCUAUGUAGCCGGAAGUUAAAUGUGAAAGUGGGACUAUAAUUUUAUACUGGAA